UGAUUAAAUGAAUUUAGAUUAGUGAGGUUUAUCGGAACGAAAACACGCGUUUUUAUGUGCCCUUUCAUAGAAAGGCUGCCAAAUAAAAAGAAUCAAAACAAAUCAUCCGAGUGAAAUAUACAUUGGAAAGUGUCGUAAAAUUGUGAAAAUACAGAUGGAUGUGUGUAUUUUCGGUGUAAAAUGAUGAAAAUUUGCAAAAAAUAUAAGCAAAUUCAUAAGAAAAAUCGAAGUGCUUAAACGAAAUAUUUCACACAAUUUGUAAAUAACAUUCACACAUAGUACAGAUUUUUGCUAAUAUCAAGGACUCCAUUCUAUUUAAACGAAGAAAAUUUAAUGAAAAAAAACGCAAGAUAAAAUUUACAGUCGAAAAUUGCAAGCAAAAAUUCAUUGUUUUUCGUUGAUAAAUGCAUAAAAUUUGGAUUUUAUUUUGCCCUUUUAUUUUCGACUUCGGGUUUUGACGUUUUUCUGUUGUGUUCUAUUUGGUUAUAGUAUAUAGUGCGUGGAUUGUGGAAUCGAAAAUUGAGUUAUACAACACACAUCGAAAUUUUAAUGUUUAUUUACAAGUGUGCGAGUUGCUUUCAUUUAACGUUGCCAGUACUGUGUGUGUUUUAUCAGAUAUCAAACGGAAAUAGCCAUUCAUUGAUACGCAUCAAGUGUGUGUGUGUAUGUUUAAAGCAGCAUUUCGAUUGGAUCUAAUUCGAAAAAAAAGAAAUAAUCAAUCAUGAUUUCAAGUCACUUGCCGUGAAAUAUGGAAGCCACACGAUGUGUGGAGAGAAAUCACGAGAGAAUUCAAGUAAUUUAUUGCAAAAAAGACAUAAAAAAUAAAUAAAUAACGAUAACAACAGCAACAACAGCAACAAAAUAUGGAAGCCCAAUAACUAACUAGAGUGCCAAAAUAUCAUAAUUAUUUUUAGAAACCAGGAACCCGCCAAUGCUUAACAAUAUAUAUAUUUUAACAUAAAAAAUAAAUGUAUACCCACAAAUGAAAGCACACGGGCGCGUAUGGAACGUAUUUAAUUAAUAAAAGUGCAGAACUUGAUAAAACAGAGGAAAAAAAGAAGAAAAAAAACCAUCAAAAACACUGUAACCCACAGUGUGGUAUUGUACAGUGAAGAAAGGUGCGACGAAAGAAAUAAAUACGUUUCAAAGUGAGACACACGGAAUACGUAACGCGUAUUCAGCGGAAAAACAAAAACAGAAACACAUAAAAAACCGUUUUUGAUAAUAGAGAUUGACGGUGUGGACAAAUUCAAAAUUCAUUAUUAUGGCUGACGUUUUUGAAUUGGAACUACAUGAUAUACAUGAAGAUGAUCCAAACAGAGCACCUGACUCCGACGACGACAUCAUCGAAGUUGACGAGGGUGAUAUCGAACCAGAACUACGAUUCGAUGGCAUCGAUGUGGAAGGUAGCGAAAUGGAAAAAAUCCAAUUGUCCCAAGAAAUCGUAAAUCCCGGCACAUCAAAAUUAGGACCAGAAGAUUUCGAAUUGAAAAAAGUGUUGGGCAAAGGUGGCUAUGGAAAAGUGUUCCAGGUCCGAAAAACAAGUGGUCGUGAUAUGAACCAAUUCUUUGCGAUGAAAGUAUUGAAAAAAGUAUCAAUACUACGAACACAAAAAGACACAGCACACACAAGAGCCGAACGCAACAUAUUAGAAGCCGUCAAGCAUCCAUUUAUUGUUGAACUCAAUUAUGCAUUUCAAACCGAUGGAAAGCUCUAUCUCAUCUUGGAAUACUUAAGUGGCGGAGAAUUAUUUAUGCACCUCGAACGCGAGGGAAUUUUUUUAGAAGAUACAGCUUGCUUUUACCUAAGCGAGAUCAUAUUAGCGUUGGAACAUUUGCAUGCACUUGGCAUUAUUUAUAGAGACUUAAAACCAGAAAAUAUUUUAUUGGAUGCCGAAGGUCACGUAAAAUUAACCGAUUUCGGCCUAUGUAAAGAACAUAUACAAGAAGGUAUCGUAACCCAUACAUUUUGCGGAACGAUCGAAUAUAUGGCGCCAGAGAUUUUGACGCGUAGCGGUCAUGGAAAAGCGGUCGAUUGGUGGUCAUUAGGUGCUCUUAUGUAUGAUAUGCUGACAGGAUUGCCCCCGUUCACUGCGGAAAAUCGUAAAAAAACAAUUGAAGCAAUAUUGCGCGGUAAAUUAAAUUUACCCGCUUAUCUCACACCUGAUGCACGUGAUUUGAUACGUAGACUGAUGAAGCGUCAAGUGAAUUUACGCUUAGGUGCCGAUGCGUAUGAUGGUCAAGCGGUUCGCGCGCAUCCAUUCUUCAAAUUUGUCAACUGGGAUGAUGUGCUAGCCAGACGCUUGGAACCGCCAAUCAAACCAAUUCUGAGAAGUGAAGACGAUGUGUCCCAAUUCGAUACCAAGUUUACCAAACAAAUUCCAGUCGAUUCGCCCGUAUUUUCGACAUUGAGUGAAAGCGAAAACUCGAUAUUUCAAGGUUUCACAUAUGUCGCACCAUCCGUUUUGGAAGAGAUGAAUAAACCACCACGGCCCACAGCUCGUUCACCACGUCGCCCUCGUUAUGUUCACCAAAAUGAUCAAUGUCGAUUAACGCCUGGAAUGCAACCGGGACACGGUCUACAACCCGGUCUACAGCCAGGCCAUCAACCAGGGCAGCCACUUCAGCCCGGAUGUACGCCAUUCGCACAGCGCGGUAUGACAUCAAAACAAACGCCACCUCAUCUACAACCCUUUGCACGGCCAUCACCUCAAGAUGAAAUAAUGGAAGUUCAAGGAGUUCCAAUUGUUUAGUUAAAAUGAAGUUGAACACUAAAACUGAACAUAAACAGAUAGCAACAAACAACCAGAGGAAAAAACCCAUACAAGUCAUAAUGUUUGCUCUUUCUUUAAGCUUCCUCUUUUUUUUGAGGUUAUCAAAAAACAAAACACUAAAAUCUAAAAUGAUUAGAUGAAAAAUUUAUUAUCUUGAUUUAAAAUCUUCGAAAACAGAAGAAGAAACAAAGCAAAAACCAUUUGGUUUUCUUUGUUUUCUCUUACUUCUUUGCUUCUUUCUUCGUUUUAAUUACAAAUUUGUUCUGCGUCUUUUAAUUUUCAUCCGAAAUUGACUUCCGAGCAUCUCAUUUUGAGCCCCGUCCGAACAUUUCGCAGUCAAUCGGUCUGGAUUAGAAAUUUUGCCACAUUUAUUCAAACCUGAAUACAAAACAAAAAGCAACAAUGAUUUCCGUAUAAUUGCAUAUUCAUACGAUAUUAAUUAUCCUGUAAAAUGAAAAACAAGCAAAAGAAAACAACAACAACUGAAAUCAUAAUAUUUUUAUUUUAAAAAGACAAACGAGCAAAUUAGCUGUAAAUAACUAAUUAUAAAACCAACACAAGAAAAGAAAAACUAAAACCGAUCUUAAGUAGAUGAUGUGCAUGUGUUUCUAGGGGACACUGGCAACCGUCACUUGGAGAGGAAAAAAAAGAGUAAAACUAAACCGAUAAAAAAAAUCGUGUAAAAUCAUGUAACACAUGAAAGAAAAACUGUGUAAAUACAAUGUUAUUGAGUUUAA